AUGACGCAUUUCAGGGAAGCGCAGGGUAUUAACUACAACCGCAAGCCUCAUAGACCACCUGUAACCAUCCAGGCCGAAAGACGCAGCUCUGGAAUUCAAGGCUUGAUAUUCUUAGAAAACACUACCUUAGAAUUGCAACCUUUAACGGAACGCCUACUUGCGAUGUUAAAACUUGAGGCACCUCUGGUUGAAACAUUUUUUGGAGAAGGUGAAGUAAAAAUCCCCCAUAUUGUCAAGAGAGCCCAUUUCUUGACAGAUUUCCUGAAUAAUGAAGCAUUUCCGAUAGCUGGGAGCAUUUGGGGGGAAAACGAAGAUAGCAGGCCAAAUUAUAACAACGUUAUUGACGCCAAUUACAAUUUUUUGAGGUAUUAUGGAAAUACCAUGCCAGACGAUAUACACAAUUUCAGAAGGUACCAUAACACAAGAGAUAGUAGUAACAAUUUUGGAGGAUAUUAUGGAAACAAUUAUCCAGAAGCUGCAGCAUACAACACUCCUAGUUUGACGGUUGAAUUAGCAUUAUUCUUCGAUGAAGCUGCAUACAGGAUAUUUGCCCCACAUUUCGGUAAUGACGACAAAAAACUCCAAGAUAUGCUUCUAGCUUAUAUGAAUGGGGUCCAAGCCUUGUACCACCAUCCUAGUUUAGGCAAUACGUUGGAGUUAGUUUUGGUAAGACUGGAUAUAAUGAAAAGGCAACCCACUGACAUGCCUCAUUACAAUGGAGAAAGAGGAAAAUUACUAGAUAGUUUUUGUGAAUACCAAGAGAAAUUGAACCCACCAGAUGACUCCAAUCCAGAACACUGGGAUAUGGGACUCUAUGUAUCAGGUUUGGAUUUUUUUGCCUAUGAAAAGGGUCGGAGAAGUGGUGUGACAAUGGGGUUAGCUACAGUUGGAGGAGUUUGUCUGGAUAGAUAUGCUUGCGUUAUUGCCGAAUUUGGGACUACGAACGUUUUCGGAAAACCAUAUCCGAGUGCCGGAUUCACAAGCGUUUAUAUUCUUGCCCACGAAAUUGGUCACAAUCUUGGUAUGCACCAUGAUAGUAGCGGCAACAGCUGCCCCAAAGAAGGGUAUAUUAUGUCUCCAUCAAGAGGAACAAAUGGAGAAACUCAGUGGUCAACAUGUAGCGCCAAAAUUAUGUCAAACUUAGGAUGGGCAAAAUGUUUACAUGAUUCUGCGAAAUCUCCAAAAUUAACUGAUCAUUCAAAGUUUUUGGACACUCCUGGUCAAAUAUACACUGCCAAAAAACAAUGUGAAAUAUUAUUGAGAGACAGAGAUGCUAUUAUUUUGCCAAAUCAAGAAUUAUCUACUAUUUGCUAUAAUCUACAAUGUAAGACACCACACAGGAGUGGAUACUAUUUUGCUGGCCCAGCUUUAGAGGGUACACAAUGUGGAGUUGGGAAGUAUUGCUACGGUGGAAAUUGUUUAAGAAAAGAUCUGCCAAAACCUGUAAAGACAGUGCCUGGGGGUUGGGGGCCCUGGAAAGAUGGAGCUUGUAAUUCAGGUUGUUUAGAAAAAUCGAUGGGGCAUACUACAAAGCGUAGAUUUUGUAACAAUCCCACACCAAUCAAUACCGAUCAGGGAUGUACUGGAAAUAGUAUUGAAUUUGGACUUUGUACUGACGAUAAGAUUUGCAAAUCCAAAUUGUCAGUAGUUGAAUAUGCCAGCAAAAAAUGCUCACAGUUUUCAAAAGUGUUACCAGAGUUAGACAGUAGUGGUUCUGGGCUCCAAGCACCCCAUGAAGAAGGUAAAAAUAAUAAUUACGAUCAAUAA